AUGAGAAAGAUGAGGGGAUUCAAGUUGGGGAAGCGGAUUUUCCGGGUUGCGAAUUGGAUCUUCGGCAGUAGGCGGAGGAGAAAUCGAUCCCUCUACCGGCGGCUGACCUCGGAAGAGGGCAGUUCGUCGGCGACGCCGAUUACGAAGCUCGUCCGCUGGGGUCGCCGAUUGAUGACCAGCGGAGCCAGAUCGCUCUGUUGGGCGAAAUCCGGGUACCUGCGGGUGGAGGAGCCGCUGUUUGGGAAAGCAGCGGCGGUGCCGAAGGGGCAUCUGGCGGUCUACGUGGGGGGAAACGACGCCGGCGACUUUCACAGAGUGUUGGUGCCGGUGAUUUACGUGAACCACCCCCUGUUCGGCAAUCUGCUGAGGGACGCGGAGGAAGAGUACGGGUUCGACCAGGAAGGCGGGAUCGUGAUCCCUUGUCCCUUCGCCGAGUUUGAGCGGGUCAAGACGCGGAUUGAUGCCGUUUCCGGCGGCGGCGGCCGGCGGCAGCCGAAGUUGCACAGGUUGAAACGGAGCCACUAA